AGCGGGGAGCGGGGGCGGCCAUGGGGAGCGAGGCCCGGCUGCAGGUCCUGCGGCUGUUCAAGGCGCUGCACCGCGCGCGGAGGGACGUGUUCGCCGCCGACGCCGUCGCCCUGCGAGCCGCCAGACUGAAGAUCAAUGAGGAGUUCCGAAACCGCCGGAGCGAGACGUCGCCCGAGAAGAUCCGACAGCUGUUGCGGACGGGCCGCGACGUGGAGACGCUGCUGAGGAGGUCGGUGGUGCAGGUGGCCCACGCCCGGCCCGGCGCCCUCCGGCUGAUCCCCAGGAAGGAGCUGCUCGUCGACAACGUUCCCUUCUGCGACGCCCCCGACGGAAGUCCCCAUCCCGCCCGGAAAAUCUGAUCCCGCCCGGCAUUCCCGUUCCCGCCCGGUAACCCCCAUCCCGCCCGGAGAUCCCGCUCCCGCCCGGCAACUCCGAUCCCGCCGGGAAGCGUUGAUCCCGCCUGGAAUUUCCGAUCCCGCCCGGAGGAGGAGGAAGGAGGUCCGGAUUAAAGGCCGGGAGACGGUCAGUGGCCCAGUU